AUGAAUCAAGACGGGAGUUCAAGAAAAAGCAAGAGAGUUAAGAACUCAAACUUCAUUCCACCUGGAUCAGUUGCAUCUUUGCUAAGCCAAAGGGUUUUGAAUCACAAGCACAAGCAAAACUCAAAAUACAUUCCAGAACCUCAUGUUAAUAAGUCAAAUGAAAAGGAUUACAAGCACAAGCAGAACUCAAACUACAUUCUAGGCCGGAUGCGAAGUGGAACAAGUGCGGCAAGCCCUUCCACUCAAAAAAGAAAAAGAGGUGGAACACAAAUGCAAAGUGUACAUGGACGGAGUGAGCGCAAACUGAUCGUGCUAAAUGAGUUACACCAACCCAUUGGUCCUACUGAAGCAAUUGUGAAAGAGUUGGGUAGCUUCCUCGGCACAUUGGCAAGGAAUGGGACCUUCUGUCCUCUGAAUGUGUUUAAAUGGAAGAAAUUGAAGACACAUGAUGAUAUGUGGAACUAUACCAUGGAGAAAUAUGACAUUCCUAAAGUUGCGAAAGAAUGGGCUUUGCGAACAAUUCAACUUGCUUGGAGAAAGUAUAAGAAUGGGUUGAAGAAGAAACACUACUAUCGCUAUGCCAAUGACGAAAUUCGAAUGGCAAAAAGGCCUAAAGAAGUUUCAGAAUCUCAAUUUAAGGCUCUCCUCGAAUAUUGGAACUCCGAUGCGGCUCAAGUGUCGAAAAUGAAGAAAGGGAAGGAGACAAUGAACACGUUGAUCUUACUUGAGAAGAUCUUUUAUGAAGCUUGUACAUGUUCUAACAAUCUUUUUGCUAUCGAACAUGUUGAAACUUAUCCUAAAUCUUGA